AUGAGUUUGAAAUCCGUUUUCCGCCGGAAAAAGAAAUCCAACUCCGCCACCGGUUCCUCCCUCCCAUCAACCAUGAUUGCCACAAUCCCAAUGCCGCCGUGCUCGCAGUCCCAGAACAGCAAGGCCCAGAUCAUCGUGGAGCUGGAGCAAGUCUUCAGGAGGUUCGACGUCAAUGGCGAUGGCAAGAUCUCGUCGUCAGAGCUUGGAUCCAUCAUGGGCAGCCUAGGGCACCCAGCCACAGAAGAGGAGUUGGACAAGAUGAUCAAAGAGGUGGACGCCGACGGUGACGGUCACAUCGACCUCCAAGAGUUCGUGGAGCUGAACACCAAGGGAGUGGAUUCAGACGAGGCGUUGGAGAAUCUCAAGGUCGCUUUCUCGGUGUAUGACAUCGAUGGGAACGGGUUGAUAUCAGCGGAGGAGUUGCACGAGGUGUUGAAGAGCCUGAAUGACGACUGCUCGUUGGCCGAGUGCCGAAGGAUGAUCAACGGGGUCGAUAGGAAUGGGGAUGGAAUGAUUAGUUUUGAGGAGUUUAAGGUGAUGAUGAUGAAGGGGUCACGCCUAGAUUUGAUGGACCAAUGA